AUGAAUAUUCCAAAAGUAUUAUCACCGAAAAAAAGAUUAUCGCCACCACCGGGUAGUAGAAAAAGAUCACCAAAACAACGUCAAAAAUCAUUGAAAUCACCCGCAACAUUAACAUCACAAACAUCCAAAACAUCAUCAGCAACAUUGAAUAAUAAUAAUAAUAAUAAUAAUAAUAAAGGUGGUGGUGGAUCAUUAUCAACGGAUAAAGAUAAAGAUAAAGUAACCGUUAUAAGAGAAGUAUAUAGAAAUAAAAAAGGUGAACCAAUAGUGGAAAAAGUAAAAGCACAUAUUGUAUCAACAACCGGUACAAAAUUAUCGGAUAAAUUAGCAGUGGAAAAAGAUGCACUAAUACAUAAUUGUAUUAUCUAUAUGUUGGCACAAUUAUUAGGUAUUAUAUUGAUUGUAUUACUUGGUUCAUUAAUUGUACAAUAUUAUGGUGGUUUUAAUAAUAAUGGUGGUAAUUUAUUUGAUAAUGCAUUAAGUUAUCAUCCAAUGUUUAUGAUUAUUACAUUAAUAUUAAUAACAUCCAAACGAACAAUAAAUUAUUGUCGUUUACCAUUUUUAAUAACAAUAUUAACAUUAUUAUUAAUAAGUUUUAUAAUAAUUUAUAAAUGGCAUAUAAUGAAAAGAAAAAUACAUUUACAAACAAUGCAUUCAUGGUUUGGUUUAAUAACAAUAUUAAUAUUUACAUUAUAUUGUAUUGGUAAUUUUUAUCUAUUUUUUAAACAAAUACCAUUACAAACAAACAAAAAUAAUUUUUUACGACCAAAAAAAAGACAAAAAUUUUUAAAAAAAUUAAAUCAAUUAUUAUUAUUAGUACGAUUAUUAGGUUUAGGUUGUUUAAUAAUGGCAAUGAUAACAAGUAUCAUAGGUUUAAAUCAAUAUGAAGAUUUUUAUAAUGGUUUUCAAAAAUCAUCAUCAUCAUUAUCCGAUAUUGAAUAUAAUACAAGUAAUCCAUCAUCACCAAAAUUACUAACAAAUAUUGUAGCAAUAUUUUUAAUAAUUUAUUGUGGUUUUAUGUCCUAUUUAAUUGCCCGUCAACGUUAUCGUUCAUCCGAAUCAAUUGAAUUUGAACAACAAGUUGAACAAGCUGUUGAACGUGCAAUGAAAAAAAUGGAUGCAAAAGGUGCAUUCAAAUCUAAAAAUCGUACAAAACGUUUAUCAAUGCGUAGUGAUCAAAGUUUAAGUAGAAUAAAAUCCAAUGGUAUUCAAAAUUUUCGUAGUAGUGGUGGUGGCGCUUUUGGCAUUAACGGAAACAACAAAAUUUGA